AUGGUCUGGAUUAUGACACUGGCCUGGUCACGAGGUGGGGUUUUCCUUCGACACAGGAGCCGCGAGGAGGAGCACCAGGAGGCGCGGUGGAAGAUACCUGUCGGCGGAAAGGAGUAUCGCAGCCUCACUCGGCGUCAAAAAGCCGGUGACGCUUCGCGCCAGGCGUGGGAGCGCAUCCACGGCGGGGUGUCGAAAGGUCAAUCAAUCGCGGCCUACAAACAUCCCGAUGUCGACGACUAUAAUGUUGCCCUCGAAUCCACGCAUCGCAGCCGGGUUUUCAUGUCGGGCACGGGAUAUGUCGGGAUAUGUCCCUUGGAGACGCGGCCGGGGGAUGUCCUGUUCGUGCCUUGCGGCGCUCAUGUGCCUUGUUCCCGCCGCUCCCUGAAGAAGAACGCCCACAUCAUGACUUCCUUGCAAAUAAACUCGAUGCUCAAGGUUAGCUUCCCCCUUUUGCUAAACAAGACCCUGAGACCUUCCAUGUGGCUGUCCACCAUCUCCCAGUCAAUGUGCAUGCUGAGUGAGGAUAGGUUGCCCGCCCUCGUCCGGCCCCCCGAUUCACGAUGGCGUCCCCGGCCUGGGCUGCGCCAUGCCGAGCUGCAGGUACGAUCGGCCUGGGGAGGACUGGACGGCUCGGGCAAAUUCGCGCCUUGUCGGCUUCCCAAGGCGUCGUGA